AUGGGUUUUGGCGGAGGAGGUAGAAGUUUCGGUAGGGGUGGAGGUGGACGAGGUUUUGGAGGUCGUGGCAGAGGUGGAGGGGGGCAUCGUAACUUCGCCGAGAGCAGUGGGCCUCCGGAACAUGUCAUCGAAUUCGCAAAAAUGACCCACCUUUGCCAGCAGCAGUUGGUAUGCGACAGUGUAAUCGAAAAGGUACCGUAUUUCAAUGCUCCUGUUUACCUGGAAAACAAAGAACAGAUCGGCAAGGUUGACGAAAUUUUUGGCACAAUGAACAGUUACUCUGUGUCUGUUACCCUUUCUGAAAAUAUGAAGGCGUCCUCGUUCAAACCCGAUGAUAAAGCGGACGUGGCUUUGAUCGAGGAAGAGGUGGUCGUGGAGGACGAGGAAGCUUUGGAGAUCGAGGACGAGGUUACGGUGGUGGUUUCGGGGACCGACAGAGAGGCGGCGGUUUUGGGGAUCGAGGCCGAGGAAGGGGUGGCUUUGGUGAUCGCGGACGCGGAGGUUUUGGUGAUCGCGGACGCGGAGGUUUUGGUGACCGUGGCCGGUUUAAGCGAGAAUUUGAUGGCGAAGGAUAUUAGAAUAUUACGCGCCUGA